UUUCUAAUUGUAGGAGAUGAAAAGACAAAGAGAUACAUCUAGAGCCUCUAGACUCUAGAUGUCAAUACCGAACUUGCCUAAUGACUCAUUUAUGCCUUAUCUGCUUAUGUCACUUUUUGACAUGUCGCUGCUGGUUAACAUUGACAUCACAGAUUAGUAAAAGGUUUAUUGACAUUGAUAAUUUUGGUGUUGUUUUAGUUUUUUUUUAUUAAAAUUGGAAUAUUCCUCAAUCUUAUUCAUACUAAUAGACAGAAAUAUAUCAUAUACUAUUAGUUUUGUAAGGCACUUUUUUAAAUUUUCAUACAUCUACGCAUUUUUAUUCCAUUUGAAAUAUGCCUAGAAGGGGUCGUGUAAAAAAAGAAGGACCGGAAUCGGGAGAAGAUUCCGAUGAAUAUAGAAAAAGAAGGGACAGAAAUAAUUUGGCUGUGAAACGUAGCCGUGUCAAAUCGAAGCAAAAGACACAGGAAACCGUAAACAGAGUAAAUGAAUUGAGGAAUGAAAACACAGUUCUAGAAGAAAAAGUAAAAACUCUUACAAAGGAGUUGGGCUUUCUAAAAGAGCUCUUUCUUGCACAUGCAUCUAAUAAUGUCGAUUCCUCCAAAUUUGAGGGUGUUAACUUGCAAAAACUGCUUCAAGACGAUUCGUCUGCUGGGACAAGUAGUGAUAAGAAUACUUAAUUCAGUAAAGCUUUGUACAAAAUUUGCCUACACUAAGCUGUUACGAGUCAGCAGUUGCUAGUAAAAAGAAUUUUGCUAGUGGAUCUCAAAUAUUUAUUGAAAUCACAUGUAAAAUAUUAUUUUUGCAUACUAUCACAAUUUUAGUUCUUUAUUUCUUCAAAGAAUUCUGCAUUAUAAUUUAAUAAAACACAGGUUUAAGGUUUACAUUUUUAAUAACUGCAUUAUUUAUAGAAACGUAUGUUACAUUUUAAUCUUAUAGAAUAAUUUGUAAUGAAUUUUUUUGAAACCUGUAUUGUGCAAUUAAAAAUUUUUGUUUUUAAUUUUUUAAACAUUGAUUUCUAAUGUGAUACCGUUUUGUAUAUUUCUAUGAUAAAUUACAUAGAAGUCACGUUUGCUAAAUGUUACUACAUAUUUUAAAAUGAAUGAAGUAGUCAUAAAAUGAGCUGAAGUACAAAUGCACAUAUCCAAAUUAAUUUUUUUAUGUAAUAUGUACUCGUUUGUUUUUUUUUAACUAUUAUAAAAAACUUAUUUUAAG